AUGGCCGCAUUCCAGAACAAGACCGUCCUUAUCACAGGCGCGUCGGCUGGCAUUGGCGCCGCCCUCGCCGAACGUUUAUUCCCCAUCUGCGACGCUGUUAUCCUCACCGGACGGCGCGAGGCAAACCUCCAAUCCAUCUGCGCGGGGCACCCCAACGCUCAUUACCGCGUGCAUGACGCGACGGACCUGGCCUCCAUCCCCGCCUUUGCGGAAGAGCUCAUCUCCAGCUUUCCAAAGCUAGAUUGCAUAGUCCUCAACGCCGGCAUCCAGCGCUCGCUUGACUUCUCCAAGCCAGAGAAGAUCGACCUAAGCAAGAUUGACCUCGAAAUGACGACAAACUAUACCUCCUACAUCCACAUGCUCAAGUACUUCCUCUCUCAUCUGCUGAAGCAGCCUCAAGCCACAGUAGUGGGUGUGAGCAGCACGCUAGGAAUGGUCCCAAUCCCGCGCUGUCCAAACUACUGCGCGACUAAGGCGGCCCUGCAUCAUCUGCUCAUCAUCUUGCGGUACCAGUUGAGGGACACGAGAGUAAAGGUGAUUGAGAUAUUCCCGCCUGUGGUCAAGACCGAGCUGCACGCGCCGUUCAACCAGCCGGACCUCGCGGACGGAGAGGUGCCAAUGAGUAUCUCCCUUGAGGACUUUACCGAUGCGGCUUGGGCGGGGCUUGUGCAGGGCAAGUCAGAGAUUCCGGUCGGAUUCGCGAAUCGGUAUUACGAAACUGUCGAGCGUGUGAGGCAUAAGCAGCUUGAGAACGUGUUUGGUGGGAAGGCCAGCCUGGGAUCUAACUGA